AUGCCAUUUCAACGGCUUUUGUCUGCAUUCCUAGUGAAAUCCAUCCGUUGCAUUUACACGGUGCAAGCCCUAUUGCUUUUAUGCCUCUGGCCUUUCCCAGUAGACAAGCAGCAGGACGACCCGAGCUGGGAUUACAUCGGAAUGGCUGUUGCCGCCACAUUGAAGCUGACUUCGAAUGAUUCUCAAACAAACUGGCCGGGAUCAAAUGAGCUUCAUGUUGAAGAAGCCCUUCGCCUUAAAACAUGGCUCGGAUGCUUUGCAGUUAGCACGGACCUUGCUGCGGCCCUUGCAUUACCGCCUCCAAUGGGCAGUAUGGCGGAAAUGAUGCCGAGGAUUCGUGCCAGAGUUCAAUCCAUUUUACCUGACGAGUUUCUGAUUCAUUUAGAUAUUCAGGGCUAUGCGACCCGAGCAGCUGCUCUGCUCAGAAAUCAGCUCGCGGGCCCAUUUCAAAAGUCGCUAGUUGAGCUUUUGGAACGAGACUUGGCUGCAAUAGAAGCUCGUAUCCCAAACCCAUCUCACCCGAAAGUCCAGCUUUCUAUUCUUGCAGCCAGACUGCGCUUAUGUGCCUUUCCAAUGCUCUCUCAGAUGUCAUCAAAAGCAGAGAUGGGAGUUGACACACUCUCAAAAGCAAUUUGGUAUAUGGGCUUCCACACUGCCAUCCAAAUUACGAAUAUUUUCGCCGACUCACCGUCAUCGGAAGACAAAAUCUAUGCAGAUGCUGCCAGAAAUCUAGUGAUGAUCUAUUUUCCGAAGUAUUACUUCCACAUUUUAGUCAUGGCCGGCAUGUAUUUCAUCAACAAUUUGGCUAUUGAUCGCAAUAUCUCCACUAACGACAAACUCCUCGCCCAAAAUCAUAUUAAAAAGAUAUAUGAAACACUCACGCAUUGGUCACGGGAUCCCAGAGAUGAGGCCGCACGAGUAGCUAGGGUGAUCGACCUGCUUUCACGUCAUGUUCAGACACAUUAUUUGUCAUCGGAGUUGCAGCAAACAUCACAAGAAACACCGCCCAUGAGCAUCAUUACAACUGGAAUGAGGAUGGCAGGAAAGCUGCGGAGUAAUCUGUCCGCACCCUCCUCGCAGCCUAGCUCUAAAUCACCCCCUGCUUGGGUGUCCGAUCUCCCUGAGUUUCUGGGUGGCAUUGAGCCGAAUAAUAUCCAUCAGACUGUGAAUAGUACCGUGAACUAUGGGGACGAUUGGGCAUUUGACAAUCCGGAGCGACGUCUUGAAGCGAUAAUCGCUUACCGGGCCGAAGGUUUCGGCUACCCCUUCGCUAGCAGCGUUUACCUGUAA